GCCGCGGCGCGGUCCAAGUCCGCAGCACGACUCAGCCGGCUCACAAUCAGCCACGGCGCAUGCGCCGGUGACGAAGCACGCGCGAAGGCCCCGUCUCAGGGGAGGAAGGAUUUUGAGGGAUGACAGGAGCUGCUCUUUGUUCUACAACUCGGGAG